AUGAAGACAGGCUGUCUGACUGGGAUCGUCGGUGGGACCGUGCUGUCGGGUCUCUACGUGGGGAGCCUGUACGUGUGGCGGGGCAGCUGGAAUCGCAACGACCCGCGCAUCAUCAGGCGACGCUUUUUCAGCGUCCUCGUCAUAAUGACUCUUGCCCCGGUGUACCUUUGGGUCAUCUGUAGCCCUGCAAAUCUCCUCGAACUGUGGACUUACAUGGGACUGCGAGGCGAUCACAUUGCGGAGGCCCUGGUCCUCCCGUUGCUCCUCCUCGUCUUGUUUUACCUCGGCCCCCUCGUGGUCUGUUUCAGGUACCACACCAAGGAUUACCUGCUCAAUGAAUGUGCCCACAAUGGGUGGAUCUUCGCCCGGAAUUACAUUGUCUCGCCCUUCUCCGAGGAAUUCGUGUAUCGAGCAUGUCUGGUGCCCUUGCUCAAGGACUGUUUUACUAUGAAUCAGUUGAUCUUUGUCACCCCGCUGUUCUUUGGCAUCUCUCACCUGCACCACAUGUACGAGUUGGUGCAGGAGGGCGUGCCAGUGCUGCGCGCGUCGAUCGUGACGCUGUUCCAGAUGGGCUACACGUGCAUCUUCGGUGCCUACUGCACGUUCCUGUUCCUGCGGACGGGACACCUGGCGUCCUGCUUCGUGUCGCACGCCUUCUGCAAUCUCAUGGGUCUGCCCGACGUGAGCCUCGUGCUGCACCAGGAGGGGAGGAUGCGGGUCGGCAUCCUGUCGGCCUUUCUCUGCGGUUUCGGCCUCUUCUUCUAUCUCUUGGGCCCUCUCACUGACCCUGCCCACUAUGGAAAUAAUUUCUAUUAA